AUGAGCUUUGAGAUGAACUACUCUGUGAUUAUACUGAUUAUCACUGGAGCCGUUUGCACCGCUGCUGAAAGUAAGAGUUUGAUUUAUGUUUGAUACUGUACUAGUGUAAAUGCAUUUGUUCGUGUUUGAUAUAGAUAUUAUCAUCCUGGAAAAAUGAUAUAAACCUCAGUUGAUUAAUUUGAAGUAAUGUGUUUUCCCCCCAUUUCAGUUCAUCAUGAAAUUCACUUUAUCUACGGAUGCUUUGAGUCAAGUGAUCCUGCGGUGGGAGUUGAGAUUGAUGGAGAUGAAAUCUUCUAUGGUGACUUCAAUAAAAACAGUAAUACAUGUCUAACAGUAGAUGUAGUGUUUACAUUACCUAAAUCCAUAUAUAUUACACCAGAGGAUAAAGAAAGGGCUUGUGAAUACGCUACCAUUAGCAGACCGUGGUGCAAAAACGGCAUCGCAUGGGGCAAACAGUCCGAACCUAAAAUACCAAAAAUCAAAGGUAAGUGAAGAUUAUUGAUGGGAAUGUCCCACAUAAACUGAUAAUCAGUGAUUCAAUAUGAUUUGUGCUUCUCCAAAAUCAACCUUUGUCAGAGUAGUCUAAGUCGAGCGGAGUUAAAGUCAUAUACUAUGCAUGCCAGUCUCUCUUGGCAAAGAGUUGAGGAGAGACUGACUGCAUCACUUUUUCUUUUUAUAAGAAACAUGAAUGAGUUAAAAAUCCCAAAUUGUUUGCACAGUCAACUUACACACAGCUCUGACACACACACUUAUCCCACCACACAUGCCACCAGAGGUCUUUUCACAGUCCCUAAAUCCAGAACAAAUUCAAGAAAGCGUACAGUGUUAUAUAGAGCCAUUUUGCAUGGAACUCUGUUCCAUCUCGUAUUGAUGAAAUGAACAGCAAACCUGGUUUAAAAAAACAGAGAAAGCAACACCUCACGGCACAACGCCUCUCCCCUAUUUGACCUAGAUAGUUUGUGUGUACACAGUAUGUAUUGAUAUGUAGGCUACGUGUGCCUUUUUAAAUUGAUGUAGUUCUGUCCUUGAUCUGUUUUUGUCUAUUAAUGUUCUUUAUUAUGUAAUGUUUCAUGUUUUGUGUGGACCCCAGGAAGUAGCUGCUGCUUUCGCAACAGCUAAUGGGGAUCCUAAUAAAAUACAAAAUAUGCUAUUUUUUGAGUAGGUCUAUGUACAGUAUCUGCCUUAAUCCCAAAUGAAUGGGACAUUUAUAGGUAAUGACAUUUGAAAAAUCUGAAAAACGUAUAUUUUUGAGUGAAUACUUUACAGUUUCAGACUCUUGUUGCCCUCUAGAUGCCCCUGAGAGCAUCAUCUACCCCAGGGAUGAGGUGGAACUGGGGGUGGAGAACACCCUCAUCUGCUUUGUGAAUGGUUUCUUUCCCCCGCCUGUCAAAGUCAACUGGACUAAGAAUGGAAUGGAGGUGACUGAGGGAUUGUCUCUCAGUCGUUAUUAUCCUAAUAAAGAUGGAACAUUCCACCAGUUCUCCAGCCUGAGUUUCACCCCACAAAAGGAGGACGUCUACGUCUGUGCUGUGGCGCACACGGCCCUGAAGGACCCCAAAACCAGGGGUGAGAGAGGACAUUCUGUUUUUGUAUAUGGUUCUAUACUGAACAAAAAUAUAAAUGUAACAUGCAACAAUUUCAACAAGUUACAGUUCAUAUAAGGAAAUUAGUCAAUUGAAAUAAAUUCAUUAGGCCCUAAUCUAUGGAUUUCACAUGACUGGGCAGGGGCGCAGCCAUGGGUGGGCUUGGGAGGGCAUAGGCCUACCCACUGGGGAGCCAGGCCCAGCCAAUCAGAAUUAGUUUUCUUUCCCACAAAAGGGCUUUAUUAGAGACAGAACUACUCCUCAGUUUCAUCAGCUGUCCGGGUGGCUGGUCUUAGACGAUCCCGCAGGGGAAGAAGCCGGAUGUGGAAGUCAUGGGCUGGCAUGGUUACAUGUGGUCUAUUUUUGUUCAGUAUAUUUACUUUAAUAUUAAACCUUAAGAAGGAGCUCAAACAUUAAAAACUCUGAAAUUGAGACCUGAAACAAACCAUUCCAAGGCAGUGUGUGAUGAGUGAAUGUGUAUUGUGCUGAUUCUGGUGACAUCUCUUGUCUUCCAGAGUAUAAGGUCAGUGGGUCCAGUGCUGGUCCUGGUCCUGCUGUAUUCUGUGGAGUGGGCCUCACUCUUGGGCUGCUGGGGGUGGCUACUGGAAUAUUCCUCUACAAAGGAAAAGAGAGCCACUGA